AUCCCCCUGCCCCAGAUCGCAGCCUCGGCGUUCCCCAGCCCCAGCUGGAGGACAGCCGCCCGCCAGGACCCAAGAAUGUGCGGAACUUCUUGUGAGGCCCCAGCUUUCCGGCGGACUCUUGGUGGAAUUGUACAACAGCUGUGGGCGGAUCCCUUGACAGGCAGCUGGUUCAGCCAAUAAUAGACGAAGACCGGGGAGGCCGAGGCUCGCUGCGCCAAUGAGCGGCUGAGGGGGCGGAGCCACACCCGGAAGCGGUGAGGGGCGCGGGGGCAUCACCGGCAGCACCGGGGAUCGGGAGAAGCCGCAGCGAUGUCGGAACGGAAAGUGCUGAACAAAUAUUACCCCCCGGACUUCGAUCCGGCCAAGAUCCCGAAGCUGAAGCUGCCAAAGGACCGGCAGUAUGUGGUGAGGCUCAUGGCCCCCUUCAACAUGAGGUGCAAGACGUGUGGGGAGUACAUCUACAAGGGCAAGAAGUUCAACGCCCGCAAGGAGACGGUGCAGAACGAGGCCUACCUGGGGCUGCCCAUCUUCCGCUUCUACAUCAAGUGCACACGCUGCCUGGCUGAGAUCACCUUCAAGACAGACCCUGAGAACACAGAUUACACCAUGGAGCACGGAGCCACCAGGAACUUCCAGGCAGAGAAGCUCCUGGAGGAGGAGGAGAAGAGGAUGCAGAAGGAGAGGGAAGAGGAGGAGCUCAACAAUCCCAUGAAGGUCCUGGAGAACCGGACCAAGGACUCCAAGCUGGAGAUGGAGGUCCUGGAGAACCUGCAGGAGCUGAAGGAGCUCAACCAGCGCCAGGCCAACGUGGAUUUUGAGGCCAUGCUGAAGCAGUACAAGGAGCUGGAGGAGGAGCAGAGGCGCAAGGAGCAGGAGGAGGAUGAGCAGGAGAUGAAGGCCAUGCUGGAGCAGGCCCAGAACCGGCGGCUCCUGGUGGAUUCUGACUCUGACGAGGAACCGGCCAAAGCCCGCCCCAAUCCCACGGCCCAGACCAAACCCACGGACAUCCUGCAGGAGGACCCCCAGCCCCAGAGCAAGAGGCCGAGGAUGGAGAGCUGGGAGCGCAGCGUGGGCAAGCUCAGCACCAAGGCCCAGCUGGCCGGGCUGGUGGCCCGCAGGAAGGAGAAGCCAGAUCCUGCCCUGGAAAACGGGAUGGAAACCAGAGGCACCACGGCCAGCACUGGCUCCCUUCCAGCAGCAGCAGCCACGUCCUCGCUGGGUUUGUUGGGAGCCUACUCGGACAGCGAGGACAGCGCCAGCGACUGAGCAGCCGGCGGGGCGGGGACAGCAGGGACCGAGCAGGGACGGGGCUGUCCCGGCUCCCUGCUGCUCUGGAAGCGCCGCCAGGGGCCCGGGGGUUCCCGGCCACCGCUGUGGCCACCUCCGGCCGUGCCGCAGCAGCAGCAGCAGCGCGGGGAAGGUGUUUUCCCUGCAGCAGUGUGCUGGGUCCCAGCCCUGCUCCCAGGAUGUGUUUGGAAGUGACAGGACUCUGGUGUGUCCAUUCUGGGGGUGCCACUGCCCUCACCCCCACCCAGUGACCAUGCCCAGGUUGGGUUUGGGGUGCCCUGACCCCCCCCAGCAGGAGGGGGACCUUGGAGUUGUCCUUCCCACCGGGGUGCAGGGCAAGGUGGGCGCUCAGCUCACCCUCCUUCACUUCACCAGCUGGUUCUGUCCCGGGGUGGGUCAGAUGCCACCUUUGCACGCACCCGGGGGGCUCCUGCAGCCCCUCAGUGCGGGGACAGGGCUGUCCUGCCAGCACCAGCCCCCCCAGGUGUCCCCAGGAGCUCGGGGACAAAGCCCUCCCCACCGUUCCAUCAGCCACAACUCCGGAAUAAAUGGGAUCAGGCAGAGCCAGAUCAGAGCUUCACUCCAGA